GCUGCGCGCGCGCCAUGUCGGGGCGCUCGGUGCGGGCCGAGACCCGCAGCCGCGCCAAGGAUGACAUCAAGAAGGUGAUGGCGGCCAUCGAGCGCGUCCGCAGAUGGGAGAAGAAGUGGGUGACGGUGGGAGACACGUCCCUGCGGAUAUUCAAGUGGGUGCCGGUGGCCGACAGCAAGGAGAAAGAGAAAUCCAAAUCAAGCAGCAGCACUGCUCGAGAACCCAAUGGCUUCCCAGCUGACACUUCUGCCAACUCCUCCCUUCUCCUGGAGUUCCAAGGUGCGUCUGGCUGAGUCCCCUCUGACCUGGGGAAAGACUCCAAGGCUGAACAUUGCCAG